CUCAGUGAUACUUUAUAAGUAUGGUCAACCGUUCAAAUGGAUGAUGCAUGCUCUUCAUUAAAACUUUCCCCAAUGGAGUUCCCUCAAUUUUUUAUCCAUUUAAUAUUUAACAGCGUCGAUUUAAGGUCACACUACGGCAAACCACACGACGACGCACAAUUUACGCAAAACCACUCUACCUCCCCAAUUCCCUACCAUGAUGAUGAAAAAUUUAUUACGCCCAUUACACGCAUUUAACUUUUUCUUGCUGUAUAAAUGGUGCGUGCGUUGUUACGUUUCUUUUUUUUUCUGGGGAAAUGUAUGUGAUAUUUAUUGCUAAAACGAUUUUGUGUGUAAUUAGAGAAAAUAACGAGGAUAUUUUAUUUCUUUGCCGUUCUUCUCUUUCUACCUAACCACUUGGGUAUGAGUGGUUGUUUGUGGGAGAUAGAGUAAGGUACUAAAAUAACAUUGUUUCCAUUUUCAUCCCUUAUGGUUUUUGUAUUAUAUUAUGUCGUGUUGAUGGUCUGAUGAAUUAGCAAAGAGUGAAAAGAGAGAAGAAAGACUUUUUUCCCAUUUCCCGCCACAUUUAUCGUCCAAAGUAUUUUGUGUUUGGUAGAAGUUGGAAUACUUCAAAAAUUCCUACUUCUCUUUCUCACCAUCAUUGAAGCCCCCUCGAAUUUUAGUGUUUAUGCCUCCUUUUAGUAAUUUCACCCCUAUUCUCCAGGACCUCUGGUUGCUAUCCUUUUCCUUCAGAUAGAACUAGUUAAGAUGGCAGAUAGGGAUGAACAUAUAGGAGAUUUCUCUUAUUCACCGAAAUAUAUUCCACGAAAACGGGGGCUCAAAGAAUGAUGAUGGUGAAAAAGGGCUCUUUCGUGGGGUGGAAAAUAUAUCACUCCUCUUUUUGACUCCUAUUGGCCGCAAUCCGUGCUCCGCCCUUCGGUUUUGCCCGUGUUUGAAUGCGUACCAUUCCAAUAUUCCUCAACUCUUGCACAAACACGCACACAGGAACCCCAGGGGUUGUUUUUACUCUCCCUUUGGCGCACACGAUUAUUCGUUGUCGUGUCGUCAUAGUUGCUUCGUCUACCACCGGCCUUAACUUGGGGUAUGAAUGUUGUUCAGAAAGUGUCGGGAUUGCAACAAGACACUCAGGAGGUACUCCUUGGAUCGUAUUUUUUAAAUUUCUUUUCGUUAAUUCAAUUGGCAGUCGUUAUAAUAAUGGUCUCCUGGUGAAAGUGAUUCAAUUUCAAUAAAGUACAAUAUCCUUAAAAGUGCUUCAUAUGUUUGAACUUCAUUCCCUCAUAUUUGAUGUGUUGUGAUUUUUUUUUCUAACAAGAAACCAACUAAUUGAUUUGUGCUAACAAUGGCACUAUCAGUGUUUUCCUGUGCUAACACAAAAAAGCAAUGUCUUUCAAAUUUGUGGUGAGAGGAAAUUAAUCGUAAUUUUAAACCUUGACAAUUUACCUGUGUUCUCUGUGGGGGAGAAGACAGAAGAGAAAGAAUAACAAAAAAAAAGCCUUAGAAGAAACUUGAAAACAAGGGCGAGAAGUGAAGGCGAACCAUGUCACAAGACACAGAUGUGGAUAUCAGUGUUGUAUCUAGUCCGGAAGCCAGUCCGCAGAGGGAAGAAUCACCGUCGCUAAAGACACCAUGUGAGGAUGGCAAGAGGCAGUCGCAGCACACAAUCAUCAACACGUAUCAGGAUGGAACAGAAAGUCGCCUUGGGUCACCACAUCAUUCACCCACCGAUCAGAGGAAGGUCUCAGGGACGGGCUACACGAGUUUCUCAAUAUCCAGCAUCUUAAGCCGAAAUGACCCUAAGAAGGGAUCCCUAGCACCCUUCUCAACAGUUCCAGCGGCACAAGGAAUUGGGGGGCAUCACGACGCUUCGAUGCUUUCAAGGUUAGGUUUCAUAUCACAAUGGGGCGCUCUGGCGGGAAGAUAUGCCGCUCUGUGUCCCCCCGGAUGGCCGUGGUCAGCACAUCGGAUAUCGUUUCACAGUCCCAAUGAUAGCUCCUCGACAAAUACCACGGAGAAUCCGUCACCGACGCUGAGUCCACAACCGCAACAGGAAAACAAAUCGCCACCGGCUGGUAUGUCCCAUGCCACAUAUCCGGCGGGUGCGGGAUCAGAUGACGAGCACCAGGAGAUAAUUGAGGACGACGGCUCGGAUACGCCGGAUCGAACAUUGGAUAAUGCAUCACCACACCCAAAUAAUAAUGGUCCAAUUCAGGCGAAACGGAAAAAGAAAACUCGAACCGUUUUCUCCAGAGCGCAAGUGUUUCAACUAGAAUCAACAUUUGAUAUAAAAAGGUACCUGAGUUCAUCGGAACGAGCUGGUUUGGCGGCAUCACUGCGAUUGACCGAGACUCAAGUGAAGAUAUGGUUUCAAAAUCGACGGAACAAAUGGAAGCGUCAAUUGGCUGCUGAACUGGAGGCCGCCAACAUGGCAAACAUGGCACAUGCGGCCCAGAGACUUGUUCGCGUCCCUGUUCUCUAUCACGAGAAUGCCGGCGCGCCUGGCACUGGAUUCGCCCCGCCACCACCCCAUUCCCACGCGGCUCCCCUUUACUACACAACGAGGAGUGGCACCUCGCCUCGACCGCCAUUAUCAUCCCUCGUAUAGACUACCACGAGCACAUAGCCCGAGUGCCGUCGAACUGCAAUUGUGACCCCCCUUUUCUGGGAUCCGCCACAACGCAUAAUCAAAAGAGCUGGGAAAGGAUAUAAAAGGUAGGGGUUUAUAGCAACGCGCUAAGAACUUUGCUCUGGGAGCCCCAGACUGUGAAUGGAUAAAAGACACCACUGAAGCUCACAAGAAAGAUUGGCACUAAAAGCCACAUAAAUCGUAUUUACUAACUCUAUAUCUAAAUUUACUGACAAGUUGAGUUGUGAUUGUGGUGUUGGAUUUGAUGGGGAAAUGGCGGAUUAUGGGGAAGCAUGCAUAGAGAUGCCAAUGCUACUAACAAUAAAUCGCGCUGAUAAAGGGCUGAGAGGGGAAAGGUUUUUAUUACAACAAACAUGCAAAUUAAUAUGAAAAUGAUAUAUUGAGAUGGAGAGGAUAUUGUAAACUCAGACACAUUUACUUCAACAAGGAGCAGAUAAGGUUUUAUUGGAAUCGAUAUUAUUCAGUGAAGGAGGAUUUGGGUGGAGAUGAGUCUUCUCUAGAGAUUCAAAUUGAUCAAUAUUUGUAUUUCACAAACUAUGAAAUAUUUUCUCUCGAUUUUGCACAGGAUACUCUAAUUUUAGAUCAUUCUUAAUUGAUUAACUUCAGGUAUCCUUAUUUCUAAUUGUCUUUUUCUCAGAAAUAAUAACUUGAACGCAACUUGUGGUGGCAUUACAAAUGUGCCAGAAUCAACGAAGUAACAUAAUAUUGCAAAUAAAAAAAAAAAACGCUGAAUAACAAUAUUUCUUUUAGAUUUCUUUUAAAUUAAAAUAUAGUUUCUGUAUUUUAAACCUUGUAAUUAAAUACAGUAAUAAUUUUAUAAGGCAUUACGUGGGUCACGCAGCCUAAAAACGAACAGCAUUAGGUGAGGUUCUUAACAAUCUCAACUAGUAUAGUCUUAUCAAAAUUUCAUGUCCUCCGAUCGGGUCCAAACUUUGCCAAAAUGUGUUUAGCCACUUCCACACGAAUAUAUGGGUGGCUAAGUUACGUUCCCGGCCGGCCGGCAGGCCGCUUUUUGGAGCUUAAUAGCUCCCGAACUAAGAAUUUUGAUCUAAGGCUGUCUUCAGACUAGAGGUUUAGCCCAGUUCCAGAAGGUCUCCAAAUCUUAAAAACAACCAAUUAGUUUGGUUCUUUAGAAUCCAAUAGAUUAUUUGGGUUUAAUAAUACAAUUCUAAGUCAAAAUUUUAUGAAAAAUCUUGAUAGAUAGGAAGUUAGAGAAGUUAAGCCAUAUGACUGAGCCUUAGGUCUGAAGCCCGUAUAAGAUGAAUAUAUUCUGAGAAAUCUUUUCCAGCGAAAAGUAAGUUUUUUCAAAAACUGUCUCCAAAAAUCACGUCCCAAUGGCAGAAUUUUUAAGAUUUUUCAAUAAAAAUUUCAGAAAAUAUAGUUUAAAUGUUGUACUUUUAUAUGCCUAAGAACUUGAAUUAAAAUAAAAAUUUAUUACCUAUGUUGGAAAAAAAAAGAAA